AAUCAGAGCGCCGCUUCCUGAGCUCCGAGGCCCCGAGGGCGGGACGUUUCGUCCUCCCUGCCGCGCGUGCCCCGCCUACCCCGAGCGGCCCGGGAGUACCUGUACCUUUCAGCUACGCCGGCCGCGAGGCCACGGGGAGCUCGCCUUGGAGAGCCCAGGAGCAGGGGAGACAUGGACUCAGUGGUCUUUGAGGAUGUGGCUGUGGACUUCACCCUGGAGGAGUGGGCUUUGCUGGAUUCUGCUCAGAGGGACCUCUACAGAGAUGUGAUGCUGGAGACCUUCCGGAACCUGGCCUCAGUAGAUGAUGGGACUCAAUUUAAAGCCAAUGGGUCAGUUUCUCUGCAGGAUAUGUACGGGCAAGAAAAAUCUAAGGAACAGACAAUACCAAACUUCACAGGAAAUAAUUCCUGUGCCUACACUUUAGAAAAAAAUUGUGAAGGCUACGGCACCGAAGACCACCACAAAAAUCGGAGAAAUCGUGUGGUGGACAGAUUCUGUACACAUAAUGAAGGUAAUCAAUAUGGAGAAGCCAUCCAUCAAAUGCCAGAUCUUACGCUGCACAAGGAAAUUGCUGCUGGAGAAAAACCAUAUGAAUGCACCAAGUGCAGGACAGUCUUCACGCAUCUUUCUUCUCUUAAAAGGCACGUCAAGUCUCACUGUGGACGAAAAGCGCCUCCAGGUGAGGAAUGUAAGCAGGCCUGCAUUUGUCCCUCACACCUACGCAGUCACGGAAGAACCGACACUGAGGAGAAGCCGUAUAAGUGUCAAGCAUGUGGACAAACUUUCCAACAUCCUCGUUACCUCUCUCACCACGUAAAGACUCACACAGCAGAGAAAACCUACAAAUGCGAGCAGUGUCGGAUGGCGUUUAAUGGGUUCUCAAGCUUCACUAGACAUGUGAAAACUCACGCAAAAGACAGGCCAUAUAAAUGUCAGGAAUGUGGGAGAGCCUUCAUUUAUCCCUCAACAUUUCAAAGACACAUGACAACACACACUGGAGAGAAGCCCUAUAAAUGUCAGCACUGUGGGAAGGCCUUCACUUACCCCCAGGCUUUUCAAAGACAUGAGAAGACACACACGGGAGAGAAGCCCUAUGAAUGCAAGCAGUGUGGGAAAACAUUCAGUUGGUCUGAAACCUUGCGAGUCCACAUGAGGAUCCACACUGGGGAGAAACUCUAUAAAUGUGAACACUGUGGGAAGGCUUUUACCUCUUCCAGAUCAUUCCAAGGUCAUUUGAGGACUCACACUGGAGAGAAACCUUAUGAGUGUAAACAAUGUGGGAAAGCCUUCACUUGGUCCUCAACGUUUAGAGAACAUGUGAGAAUUCACACGCAAGAGCAGCUCUAUAAAUGUGAACAAUGUGGGAAGGCUUUUACCUCUUCCAGAUCAUUCCGAGGUCAUUUGAGGACGCACACUGGAGAGAAGCCUUAUGAGUGUAAACAAUGUGGAAAAACCUUCACUUGGUCCUCAACGUUUAGAGAACAUGUGAGAAUUCACACGCAAGAGCAGCUCCAUAAAUGUGAACACUGUGGGAAGGCCUUUACCUCUUCCAGAGCAUUCCAAGGUCAUUUGAGGAUGCACACUGGAGAGAAGCCUUAUGAGUGUAAACAGUGUGGAAAAACCUUCACUUGGUCCUCAACCUUACAUAAUCAUGUGAGGAUGCACACUGGAGAGAAACCUCACAAAUGUAAACAAUGUGGGAUGUCCUUCAAGUGGCACUCCUCCUUCCGGAACCAUCUGAGGAUGCAUGCAGGACAGAAAUCCCACGAAUGUCAGUCAUACUCAAAAGCCUUCAGUUGCCAAGUCAUUCUUUCUAAAACCAGUGAGAGCACACACUAAUGAGAAAUUCUAUAACUCUAACGGGGUAACCUCACAUUAAUUCAUGUAUAAUGCUCCAGAAAAUUCACACCAGGAGAGAAAUCUUACAAGUAUGAUACUGUCUUUGUCAAUACCUCAUUUGUAAAACAGACCCAUUAGUCAUGAAUUUCCAGCUCUUUCAAAAAUAAAUGUUUAUGUGAGAAAA